AUGGCCAUCAUCACAGCCUUCGGCCUGGCGCAGCUCUUCAAGAUCAAGUUCAACCUGGUCGUGCAGACGCUGCCUUUCCUGCUGCUGGGCCUGGGCACGGACGACACUUUUGUGAUCGUCGGCGCAUACCACCAGACGGAUGCCGCGCUGCCGGGAGAGGACCGCAUUGCGCAAGCCAUGCGGGCGGCGGGUUCGUCCAUCCUGGUGACGUCGGUCACGGACAUGGUGGCCUUCCUGAUGGGCUCCUACACGGAGCUGCCCGCGCUCAGGGCCUUCUCUGCCUACGCCACUCUGGGCAUCAUAUUCGACUUCUUCUACCAGGUUACGUUUUUCUUGGCUUGCUUGGCCUUGGACACCAAGAGAGAAAAGCGUGCCUACAACGGGGCGCCACGAUGGGGCUUCCAGUGCUGCUGCCUUGGAAGCUGGUGUGGGAGCGACCAGUACAACGAGGGGCAGUUUGUGAAAGCUGUGCUUCCCGAAUCAACCAAAGACUUGGAGAAGGGCCAGGCUGAAGGACUUGCUGCAGCAACUGUGGUGGCUGGGGAUGGAAAGAGGGACCCCAAUCGCAAAAUCUUUGGAGCAGGCAGCUAUGACCCAUCUGCACCCUCGUUUGCGACAAAGCUUGUGGGAGAAUGGAUCCCAAAAUACACACUCUCUCCUGUGGGGAAGGCCAUUGUGAUCGUUGCGGAGUGCGGCCUGCUGGCGAUGGCCAUCUACGGAAGCACAAAAGUGUUCAUGGACUUCCAAUUCCGAGAUUGGUUCACACCCGAUGGCUCGUGGCUCAAGGAUGCGUUUGAGGUGGAAGACCGGUACUUUUCUGGAGACUCUACAGCGUUUGAGGUGUACACGAAGGAGCCGCCUGCGGACCGGCCCAGCUACUACCACUUCCAGGACGACCUCGUGAGGCUUGUGGAUGAACUCAGGGCCAAUGACAAGUUCGUGACGGACAACCCUCCAGUGAGCAGCUGGUACGAAUCAUUCUGCAAUUCCGUUGAGCCAGGGCAGAUGAGCUGCGCCAACUCUAGCCAACUCACGCCCGACAAUUUCGACUUCCAAGUGUUCCAGUUCAUCAAUUCAAACGAUUCCACCGAAGGGCGUUUCUUCAAUGGGAGGGUCAUAUUCGAGCCGCCCGUGUGCAGCACGGCGGACGAUUGCCAAAUAAUAUCGUCCAGGAUCGACGGCCAGUCACAGGACGUGGUGGACGGCCAGUUUGCCGUGGAUUUGGUGGACAGCCUUAGGGACACGGCCAAGGCCGCCAUUCCCGACCUGGACCCCAUCGCCUACAACCCAGUCUUCCUGUUCUACGACGGCUUCCGGGUCAUCGCCUGGGAGACUGUCCGAAAUGUGCUGAUGGCCGGCGUCGCCGUCUUCGUCAUGUCUCUCAUUGUCCUCUCCAACUUCUUCGCGGGACUGGCGGUGCUCGCCAUGGUGGCAGCUACGGAUGUCAUGCUCUUUGGCUGGAUGCACUACGUCGACCUACAGUUUAACACCGUCACGGCCAUCAACAUGGUCCUGGCUGUGGGCAUUGCCGUGGACUACUCCGCCCACAUCACCCAUUCCUUCCUGGUUGUCAAGGGCACGCGUGACGAGCGCGCCAAGGCUGCGCUGUUCCGCAUCGGCGGCGAGGUGCUCGCCGGUGCCUUCACAACAUUCCUGGCUGUCGCCGUCAUGGGCGCAGCCGAGCACUACAUCUUCCAGGUGUUCUUCAAAAUGUUUGCCGCGAUCAUAAUGUUCGGCAUAUGGCACGGCGUCAUUGUGCUGCCGGUAAUGCUGAGCAUCCUGGGGCCCGUGGCAUAUGAGGAUGUGGCGAAGCAGUAG